AUGUAUGAGAAGCAAGACACCGCGCAAUCGGAAGAAAAACGUGAAACCAUACAGGAAAUAGCCAUUAAAUUAGCCGAGGAGCAAUUGCGUACUUUGCAGGUGGAGAUUGGACCAAAGGAGCGUACUAUUUUUGUGCUGGGCAGCAAAGGCGCUGGCAAAUCCACUGCCUUGGCUAAAUUCUUUGAUCGCGACGACAAUCCGCGUCCCACACUUGCGCUGGAGUAUUCCUAUGGACGACGCACGAGUGGCACGCAGAAGCAAGUAUUGAACGUGUGGGAGCUUGGCGCUUUAGACAAUGCCGAGCAAUUGAUUUCGGUGCCUUUGCGCAUGCAUGGACUGGAGCAUUUUGCGGCCAUAAUAAUGUUAGAUCUAUCGCAGCCGCAGCGUGUCUGGCCUGAUUUGGAACACAUUUAUCAUACCUUACGUGCGGCAAGCAAUAAACUUUUGAAUGCCGAGCAAGAGCAAACAUAUCGUGAACGCAUGGCGGAGCGCAUUAAGCGGAAUGUGAGUGAUGUGGAAAGCCUCGAACUGAUGCCCUAUCCAGUGGUCAUAGUUGGUGGCAAAUAUGAUUUGUUCAAAGAUUUCGAACCCGCGGUGAAGCAACACCUUUGCCAUUGCCUGCGUUCUAUGGCGCAUCUAAUAGGCGGUAGUGUGCUUUUCUAUUCUGCCAAAGUGCCUAAGCUAGCUAAAAUACUACGCGACACAAUGAGCCACUUGGGCUUUGGUAGUCCUUCGCAUCCAUUUCGCGCUCAUGUCACGGACUUCAAUGAUGCCCUCUCCAUUUGGUUUGGCACCGAUAGCUGGGAUCAGAUUGGCAGCGCUGGUGUAUUGAGCGUGGAACGCAUCGGUUCACUACUGGCUGCUGAGAUGCCACAGCUUAAUGAAGCUGGUGGUAAAAAACGGAAAACGAAAACACAAAUCAACGAUCCAGCAAAGGAUCCAGGCUUUCGUGAGAGCAUCAUCGAUGAUAUGCGCGCUCAGAAAGACAAGGAGUUGCAGGCGCUUAUUAAGGAGUCGCAAUUACGUGGACAAUUUGAGACGAUUGUUUAA